AGGAAGCAGUGCUGACCGGUUCCCUGUGGUGACAGCUCUUUCUCCGACCACCCUCCCCUGGGAGGCCCCGGUGGAGGUGGCCAGUCCCGCAGCACUGCCCUUUCCUUCAGGAAGGUCACUUGGUCCAGAGUGCGGGAGGCUCUGCCUGCAGCUGGGAGCUGCUGGGCUACGUGUGAGGUGGGAGCCCUGAAGAGGAGGUUCUGUCUGGUCGGCACCACAGUCUCCAUCUCUUCACCAUGUGGCACAAGGUAUUUUGGAGUGCCCUGGAGUGCACCUGCCGAUUGCUGGGUAUCUCCACUGCAGCAGUGCUGAUUGGUGUGGGCGUAGAAACUCUGCAGCGAGGACAGUUCAAAAGCCUGGCUUUCUAUCUGCUUUUUUCAGGGGUUGCAGUUACUGUCUGUGAAGGCUUCUUCUUUAUCAGUUUGUUCCUGGAGAUGUGCUUCACAUACGAGCCUGACUCCCUCUCACAGGCCUGCUGGAAGCGAGCUAGACGCCCAGGAAGCUUCCAGAAAUUCCUGGGGUACACGCUGCUCUCAGUGGCUUGCUUCCUGCAUCCCGUCCUCGUCUGGCAUGUCACCAUCCCUGGGUCCAUGCUGGUGCUCACCGCCCUGGCCUACUUCCUGCUGAGCAAGAGGAGGAAGACCCCAGAGCACAAAGAGAUACAUCCCCCAGCGGGCCAGUACGUGGACCCUUCAGCCACCUUGGCAGCCCCAACCACUGCUGGUGACACUGAGCAGACCUAUACCUUCCACGGAGCCCAGAGGGAGCAGCACCACUCGCUGCUGGGCCACAUGAAAAGUAUCCUGAAGGGCAGCAAAGACAGGAGCCUGGCACCAGUAGCUCCUGUCCAACCAGAAGUCCCUCCAGCCCCACGCAAGCAAGUGCACUUCCAGGAGAAGGUGGUGCAGAUCAUCCCCUCUGUCAGCGAGAGCUUGGAGGACAUGGAAAGCGAGGCUGAAGAGACCACAUCAGACACAACGCCCAUCCUCACCCCACCUGAUGCCCCCGUCAUCCUUGCUCCCCUCAGCUCCACGGGCCUCUUUUGAGCCCUCAGCGGGAACAAGGAUGGAACAGACCUGCUACCCCUGGCACUGCCAUCUCUCCCUGACGUUCCAGCAGCCAAAGGGCCCUGAGAGGUUGCCCUCCUUGCCCUUCCUGCCUCCAGGGUGACAACUGUGUCAGCCCUCUUCAAGGGGCUGCCUGUACUACAUGGUCCCAAACCUUGUGACAGGGCCAGUAGUGGUCCCCAGCCCCUGUAGUGCCAUGCCCAGGGGACAGGCAGUGGUUCAGCCAGGGUGGUGCCAGCUCAGUAAGGUUUCUGCUCCCAUAGCCUCACUAGUGGGUCACCCCUCUUCUGUGGCACUACACAUCACAGUGGCUACUCCUGCCUAACAUCACAGCCAUGGCGUGUGCCUCCCAUGAGGCAUCAGCAGGCAGGAGGAGGGGAUACCACUGUGACCCCAGGGCAACCUCUUCUGAGGGUGGUUGUCUCCCUCCUGCCCUCUCUGUGCCUUGAAGAGCUCAGGGCUGGGACAGAUUCAGCAUAGGACACCACAGCCUGCAGGUUUCCUCACAGCACCUGCACCAGCUGCAGCAGGCCCAGGGCAUCGGAAAUAUCAUUUCAAAGGUGGGCUGAGAGCAAGCACACCCCCUGCAACUAGCAUCAGCUAAGUGCCCUCCCCUGAGACACACUCUGAGCCCAGCAGGAAAAUCACCUCUGGCCUUGGGGACACCUAUGCAGGAGCAGGUAGGACCCUGGGGCUUCCUGGUGUCCCCUUCCUGGAGAGUCCUCUUGAGUUAGAAGAGCUUUUGGAUGAUGUGGCAGCUCAGGUCAUGAGAUUCAGCACCACGCUGGCACAGAAUACCAUGUGUAACUCUCAAGGUGUGUUAAUUAUGUGUCCCAGAGGGAAAAUGCAAUAAUAAAGUUACCACAUUGUUCCACCAGUCUCCUCCAUUACAGCUCUUUCCUGAACCCUUCACCUAUGGCUUAAUCCUACCAUAUUUUCUGCACUUUGAGGAACAUUCAUCUGUAAUCAGGCAUUUCUCUCCCGCUCAACUCAUCCCCUUGGCUCUAUCCCACCUGAGGACUAAGACCUUCUGCUUCCAGAUGUCAAAUGGUGUCUGUGCCUGCAAAUACCAUCUACAAGAUCCUCUCAUCAGCAUCAGACAGCUCUUUUGGCUGCAUGUGGGAAAGAGCUCAGGUGGCUGUUUAUUCUUGGACAUGGGACAUGAGGCCACACUGUCACUACUGCUGGGAUGAAGAGUUGUAACUGCUCUAAGCCCAGACACACAGCAUUGGGAUGAGGUGGUAGUAAGGAAACAAGAUCCCUGAGACCUGCUAGACUAUUUAUAAGGUAGAAGCCAGUGGGGAUGGUUCUUUUUCUUGGAAAUACUUAUACUACUUUUUAAAAUCUCAGCUCUUUGAGUCACAGUUACCAUGUUCAUUUAGGAAAGCAGUGUAGUUUGAAGUGUGAAAAUGUUGAUUCAAAAAUCAGAAGGCAAUUGAGAU